GGCAGAUUUGAUGGRGAAUUAUUUUAUAAUCCACCGUGUUUUAAUAGUUAAUGCUCUAAAAUAUUAUCUAUGCUAUGUGUAUUAGUUUUGUCUAUUUUUGCCAGUUGGUGAAUAUUGGUUUUCCAUUGAUUUCUUAGCGAUCCUCAUAGAAUCUAAAGUACAAAUGGGAGCCAGCCUUGCUGCCUCUCGCUAUGUCAAUCAGCUCAACAAGAAAUCAUUUCAAGAGAAGGUCGACAUAUGGGACCUGUAUUGCAUGACCUACUAUUACAGAAACUGUGGAGGAAAAAAUAUUAAAAUGAGACCACCAGACCCUCCACCUUUUAACAAGCAGUUAAAGGACGUGCAUGAGUGUAUAUCUCAACAGUUAAAAGAUAUCCUCAGACGAUGGCACAAUAACAUAUCAGAGCUACAAGAAGGACAGCAACAACUARCUGCUCAUUCAGACUUUUCUUUAUCAGUCAAGGAUUCUUUAAUUGACCAUCCUGAUGCUGGCAAAGGUGUAUUCAUGUCUGGGUCAGUUGUUCCUGGAACUGUYGUUAUGUUUCAUCCUGGACUUGUGUACCUUCCACCAUAUGUCCGAAAAAUGCCUCAGUAUCCAGGAAUGAAUCAGAAGAUUACAUACCUUGUGUCACGUUAUGAUGGAUGCAUAAUAGAUCCCAAUGGAUACAAUGGAGAGAUAACAACACCUGGAGGUGUAGUCUUGCCUAAUCCACUUGCCAUUGGCCAUAUGAUGAACCACCCACCUUCAGAAAAGAAGCCCAAUGUAAUGCCAUUCUCAUAUGACUUUCUUGAUCUACCAAGAGAACUUCUUUAUCUUGUACCAAAUAAGUAUUACAAAGAACCAGGAUUUGUUUAUAAAACCCCAGCAUUAAUGAGAAGUCUAGUUUAUGUCACAACAAACCAUGUUUGUAAUGAAGAACUCUUUGUCAAUUACAGGCUAAAUCCCAAUAGUGAACUCCCCGAGUGGUAUAAACCUGUUAACAAAGAAGAAGACUCCAGAAGAUGGAAUUCCUGAUAUAAAUUUCAAACACCAAAAGAAAACUUGARUUUGAUAAGCUAAUAAAGGAGACUAGAAUUUCCAAUGGGUAGGAAGGGUUCUACAAUAAAGUCUUGCCCAGAGGUUCAAGUCACCUAGUUGGUGUGCUAUGCACAAAUAAAGGAAUUAAAUGAGGAAGAAUUUUUAGGUGAGGGAGAUGUUGUAUGCUUUCUAUACUUCAUUYAUGAGGGUAUCAUAAAAAAAGCCAUGUAUGAAUCCUUUCUAGAUUACAAGAAAUACAGUUAGAGUGCAAACAAUAAAACCGUGAAACUUUAGUAAUACUAAAUAGCACAAUUUCAGGCAAAUUUCAUUGUUUCCUAUUGUUU